AUGGACUACUUAAGUUCUUUGAUGACUGUAUGUUUUCUUUUUGCUACUGUGGUGUUCUAUAUAACAAAUGGAGAACCUGUAGUUCCAGCACUUUUCAUAUUCGGAGACUCCAUUGUAGAUGUGGGAAACAACAACAAACUACACACUGUUGUAAAAGCAGACUUCUUUCCAUAUGGAAGAGAUUUUGUGACUAAAAAUCCAACCGGAAGAAUGUCUAACGGAAAACUUGCUAUAGACUAUGCUUGUGAUUUUUCUCAUGUAAUCCCAUUAAUGAAUCAACUGGAGUUCUACAAGGAUUGCCAAGAGGAAUUGGUAAAAUUAAUAGGGAAAGAAAAUGCAACAUCAAUUAUUUCUGGUGCAGCAUAUCUUCUUGUUGAUGGGUCUGGUGAUUUUGCACAGAACUACUUCAUAAAUCCAAUCCUCCAGAACAUCUAUACACCUUACCAAUUCUCAGACGUUCUUAUGCAAGAGUACUAUAAUUUCAUCCAGAAUUUAUAUGCACUAGGAGCAAGGAAGAUUGGUGUAACAACGUUACCUCCAAUAGGUUGUAUGCCUUUUAUCAUCACGAAGUUUGGCUAUCAUUCAAACAAAUGUGUAGAAACAAUAAACAAUGUAGCCUUAGAUUUCAACAAAAAACUUAAUUUGACCACCGAAAACCUGAUAAAAAAGCUUCCUGGCGUCAAAUUGGUCAUCUUUGACAUCUACCAACCUCUAUAUGAACUUAUUAUCAGACCUUCUGAUUAUGGUACAAAAUACAAUUACAGUUUGUUAAUUAAUUUAUUUCUAUGUGUGAAAUUAAUACAUGCAGGAUUUUUUGAAGCAAGGAAGGGUUGUUGUGGAACAGGCUUGCUAGAGGUUGCUACAUUAUGCAAUAAAAUAAGCAUAGGAACAUGUGCGGAUGCAUCAAAAUAUGUAUUCUGGGAUAGUUUUCAUCCUACAGAAGCUACAAAUAAGAUUUUGAUGGAUCAUUUGAUUCCUGCUGCAACCUCGCUUUUAUAUUCUAACCAAACAGUUCGCUAGAAGUCAUUUUGUACAAAAUAGAUAAGGAAUGAGCUUUAGGUUUGUUAACCGAUAAGGAGGUUUUGGUCUAAUCCCCCUCUU